GUAUACAUAGUCGCUGACUUGGUCAGGUACCUACCGGGUCGAUAGUGACCAACUUUUCUGGUGUAAUUCGAGCAUUGCGCACUCAUCUCAAUCUAAGUAGGCAUUUCGCGACGUUUUAACUGAAGUAAGGAUGCGUUGUUUGUGUUGACUUUAUCGCAGCUAACGCUGCUGCUAUCAACCUGCAUGGUUGUAGGUUUCGUGACAUUUGAUAAAAAAAAUAUAACCGACGACAGGUGGAGAAGGGUUUCGCGCAUCGAUUAGGCGAGGCCCGUAAAUGAGUGACUCUUAUCAGUAAUUAUCGUUAGUUCUUCGUUGGCCGUCGUGGGAUUUGUUCGUGUAGUGCCGAAAGUUACGCGCUUCUUUAGGAAAUUGUGGGUGAAUAUAGUGCAAUAAUUAGGUUUACGCUAGUGAGAUUGUGCUUUUAGUGAAACUAUUUGUGAAAUUCAUAGGAAGUGUAUUUAAAGUAUCGCGAGGAAGUGAAUCUUUGCACCAAAAAAUAGUGAACAAUGGCUCGCGGAGAGGGGAAAGGUGAAAGUGUGGCUAAAUUGGCCAAUCGGAUCGCCGCCAUUAAGUACACGCUGUUUUGUUUCAACAUAGUUGCCUGGAUCAUCGGAGCGGGACUGUUUGCCUUCACGAUCUACAUCCGGGCCGAGCCGGGCUUCGACGAGUGGGUUGCCCUGCUAGAGAUCUACCAGUACUACAUCGGCGUGUACAUUCUGAUCGGUGCCGGUGCACUGGUCAUGAUUUUCUCCUUCCUCGGGUGCUGCAGUGCCCUGAUGGAACACUCGACGGCUCUGUAUGCGUUCAUCGCAACCCAGGUUCUCCUGUUCAUCCUGACCGUAGUCGGUUCGGCCAUUAUUCUCGACUUCUCGACCGUUGACUCCAGCAUCCAGCCACUGAUCCGUCAAACCAUGAUUCGUUUCAUCAUGAGCUCGGAGCACCCGCAUUCGUCGGCCGCACUCAAGUUGAUUCAGGAAAGUAUCGGAUGCUGCGGUGCCGACGGUCCUAACGAUUACAUGGUUCUACGCCAACCGCUUCCACUGGAGUGCCGAGACACCGUAACUGGAAAUGCCUUCUUCCAUGGAUGCGUAGACGAGCUGACCUGGUUCCUGGAGGACAAAUCAAUCUGGGCUGCCAUCAUGGCCAUGAUCCUGUCGGCGAUUCAUACUGCCAACGUCGUUUUGGGUAUCGUCUUGGUACAAGCCCUUAAACGUGAGGAAGAAGCCAUGUACAGACGCUAAACAAGAGUUUCGGUUCUGCUCAACUUCCUGCGGAGGACAAUUUACAAAAAAGCAGCAACAUCCAUCCUUCAAAUUGAACUACAAUUAAGAUUAUGACAGUUUUUCCUCUUCGUUAACUAGGCUAACUUUUAUUAUAUCAACUUUUUUGAUAAUAAACAACCUGUUUUGCCUAAACUAGUUUUAAGAAAAUACUAAUUUACGAAUAAAUAACACGCCAGAGUGAACACUAGCUUUGGA